AUGCCAUUGAGAUACGGGACUUUUGGGUUUAACUCGUCGGAAUCGUCAUUUCAAAACGGACAACAACAGCAGAAAGUAGUGCAACGACAAGGGAGAAAUAAAUGCGGAUAUCGAAGUGCAAUCGUCUCUGCGGGCAUUUUGUCGGUCAUCGUUUUAGGCGCUCUUUCAGCAGCGGCCUUCUUUGGUGGCCUUUCUGGAUUUGGUUUACAUACACCAGACGUUUUUCAAGAGGAUCGAACCUUAACCGUAAACGAUAAAAAAUGCAAACCCGGUCCCGCCCCGUUGGUGAUCUUUUCGUUUGACGGAUUUGCUCGCGCGUAUUUGAAUCGCAAGAUGAUGAAAAGUUUCGAUUUCAUGGCCGAAAAUGGAGUGAAGGCAGAGUACAUGUUGCCCUCAUUUCAAUCCAAAACCUUUCCCAAUCACUACACGGUAGCCACCGGUCUCUACCCAGGAUUUCAUGGAAUUGUCGAUGCAAGGGUCUAUGAUUCUUCAAUAAACGACACACCGACAAAUGUUAGAGACGCUGAUCAGAGUGCCUUUUACAAGUACAAUGGAGAGCCGAUUUGGGCGCUGUUCAAUCGACUAAAUGGUGGCCGAGUCGCGUGUUUUCAGUUCCCAGGAUGUGUAAACUAUCCGGAUAACAAACCCGAUCCACUCGAUCCUUUUCAUGAUCAUCUGAGCAAUCGAGCUGUCUUUGACAAGGUGAUCGAGCAAAUUCAAAAGGACGAUAAAUCUUCAUCGGAUCUCAUUUUGGUGUAUUUGGACGAGCCGGAUAACACGAGACACGGAACAAGAGAAAAUUCGUCAAAAAUUGACCUAAUUUUGCAUCGAUUGGACAUAAAUUUGCAGCGAUUUUUCGCGACGCUGAAGCGACUGGAGAAACUUGAGUGCACAAAUGUGAUCGUUCUGUCGGAUCAUGGUUUUAUGAAUGUGGACAGAGUCGUGAAUUUAUCCAAAUUCGGACUACCGCAAAACGAUUUUGUGAUAACGGGAGUGGUGACACGCGUGCACGAAAAUGAGGAAACAAAAACCGCCAAGUUUCUCCGUGAUCUACCGUGUGAUUCACAGAAUAAUGGAUUUCGAACAUUUUCAAGACGAACACUUCCACCGAGACUCCACUAUGCGGUUACGAAAAGAGCGGGAGAUUUGCUAUUGUUGGCUGAACCGGGAACGAUUUUAAGAAACUCUGAAGAGAUAAUGAAGCUUCAAAAUUUGGGAAGCAAUCACGGGUGGGACUACACGAUUCAUGAAAUGCAAACGAUAUUCUUCGCGAUGGGUCCCGCUUUCAAGAAAAAAACCGUCAUCUCACCGUUUCAAAAUGUUGAGCUGUUCAACCUUUUUGCCGAACUUCUUGGCGUGGAGAUUCCACAGAAUAAUGGCACACUUGGGGCUUUAUGGUCGGCACUGCAAUUUCCCAAGAAGCAGAGAAUGGAUCCUUUCUAUGAGAACAAUCGACCGAUACAGAAAUGCUCCUCACCUCUGGAACAAGCGAGUCUCUUUGAACAAGCUAAACAACAUAUUUUGGGUGUAUUCGAAGAAAAAUUCCCAAUCAAAUUCCAAGAUUCUGAAGAAAUGGUUUGUUUUGAGGAAAUUGAAAGUGAUGUUCAUCGAGUGUCAACAGAAACAGGAGGAGUUGCUUUGAUCGAAAGAAGCGCCACCGUGGCAAAUCAAGAAGAAUCAAAUGUGCUACUUUUCAACGAACCGAUGACGAACGAGUUUCGCGACAAAUUUUGGCUUCCAUUACAACAAAAAACCCGCGAGUAUCGAGAGAGAUUUGCGAAAAUGGGUGUAAUCACUGGAACGGUGGACAGUCACGGUGAUCGUUAUCUUUAUCGGGUUCUGCAUCGGUGUGAGGAUGGGAAAUGGGAUGACGAUCGUUGGCAUUGUGAAGAUUCAACUCAAACGCGUACUUUGGCUUUCUUAGUGCCGAUGAAGUUCGCGGAUCGAAAUUGUUUGCCCCCCGAUGAGCUCUUAUUCGCCUACACGGCUCGGGUAAAGGACAUCGAAACGAUCUCGGGGCUUCGCUUUUUUAUCGAUCAACACAAAAUCCCCUACGAGAUGACCGUGAAAAUAAAAACGAAUGUAACAAUAAACUUGUGG